AUGGCAUCGAACAGCCCGUUGUUAGAUUUCGACCCUUAUGAAGUUCUUAAUUUGGAGCGACACUGCACAGAUUCACAAAUUGUUAAGGCAUUCCGGAGGGCUGCACUGCGAUGGCAUCCAGAUAAGAAUCCUGAUUGUUUGCUAAGAGCUCAAGAAAUGUUUUUAAAAAUAUCAAAAGCAUUCGAACUGCUAUCGGAUGAAGCAGCAAGGGCAGCCUAUGAUAAUGUGUUGGCUGCAAAGGCUGCGCGUUCAGUUUAUGUGCAACGAAGACAGCAAAAUGAAAGUGAAAAGCGACGGAAGCUACGUGAAGAUCUUGAAAAGAGAGAAGCCAAUGCUAUGACUACUCAGCAAGAAGAAGAGAAGGCUAACAGAGAGCUGCAAAAAGAGAUUGAACGUUUGCGAAGAGAAGGUUCGAGAUUGCUGGAACGUGAAAGGCAGAACAUUGAACGAGAAAUAAAUCGACCGGCAACUACCAUAAAGCGGUUAUUAGUCGCUCGCUAUAAGUUAAAAUGGAAACGAGACAAAGAUAUUUAUGAUUAUGAUGAAGAAGAUAUCCGCGCAUUGUUUUCUAAGUAUGGUCGUGUUUCGGAUGUGGUUAUUUCAUCAGGAACUAAAGGCAUGGCAAUUUUAGAAUUCGAUCAGUUAGUAAAUGAUGAAGGAGUUGAAAAGGAAGCAGGCAGAGCAGAUCUUCCACUUACAGUGACCUGCUUGCAAAAGCCUCCCACAGCUCUCAAGUCUGUGGUGCCUGAGAGACAUCCUGAUUCAUUUGGUGAAAGACCGAUGACUUCUGUUGAAUUUGCUGAUUUUGAAGCUGAGAUUUUGGGAGCAAUGAUGGCUGGAUCAAAGCGAAAAGCGGAUUGCGGAACAAGUAAAUUUGAUGAUCUUUGA